CUGGUGCGGUCACUCCAUCUGACGCGCGCCACUCAGCAGCCGACCAGCCCAUACCAAGACAAUCCCAUCGCCCCCCCCCCCACCCCGACACCCUCGGCCAGCCGAUACACUCGGAAAACCUGCAUACAUCUCUCUUCUGCUCUAUAUCCCAACCCCACACUCUCACCACCCACCUUGCACAAUGGCCUCGACCCACCACUGGAACGGCGUGCUCGACUCGGCGCUCGACGCCGUCGGAGAGACCCCCCUCAUCCGUCUCGACCGCAUCCGUGACGCCGAGGGCCUCAAGUGCAACCUCCUCGGCAAGGCCGAGUUCUUCUCGGUCGGCGGCAGUGUCAAGGACCGCAUCGCAAAGCGCAUGCUCGAGCAGGCCGAGAAGAAUGGCAUCCUCAUUCCCGGCCAGAGCGUGGUUAUUGAGCCGACUAGCGGCAACACUGGUAUCGGACUUGCCCUCGCCUGCGCCAUCAAGGGCUACAAGUGCAUCAUUACGCUUCCGGCCAAGAUGUCGCUCGAGAAGGAGGUGCUCCUCCGCUCGCUCGGCGCCGAGGUCGUCCGCACCCCGACGGAGGCUGCUCAUGACAGCCCCGACUCCCUCAUUGGCGUGGCCGAGCGUCUCAAGGAGCAGAUCCCCGGCGGUGUGAUCCUCGACCAGUACUCGAACCCCAACAACCCGCUCGCCCACUACUACACGACGUACGGCGAGAUUGCUUACGCGCUCAAGACGUCCAACCUCCGCCGCAAGAGCAUCUCGGCCCUGAUCGCCGGCGCCGGUACGGGCGGCACCAUCACUGGCCUUGCCCGUGCCGUCCGCGACUCGGAGAAGGACGGAGCAGCUCGCGCCACCAUCGUCGCUGUUGACCCCGUUGGAUCCAUCCUCGGUGGCGGCGACGUCGGCAUGUACCAGGUCGAGGGUAUCGGCUACGACUUCUUCCCCGCCGUGCUUGACCCCAAGCCCCCUCUUAUUGACGAGUGGAUCAAGACGAACGACGAUGAGGCGUUCGCUGCGUGCAAGAGGAUCAUCCGCCAGGAGGGUCUCGCUGUCGGUGGCUCGUCGGGAUCGGCCCUCGCCGGUGCCCUCAAGUUCCUCAAGUCGGAGGAGGGCAAGGCUAUCGCCGAGGACCCCACUGCCAACGUCGUCGUCGUCUUCCCCGAUGGCGUGAGGAACUACAUGUCCAAGGAGUGGUUCCUCAAGCAGGAGGAGGGCAGCCGUGACGCCGAGCUGCACGACACGAUCCGCGGCAUCAUUGGCCGUGACCUCGACGACCCGUACCUCAAGAAGAAGGCGGCUGCCGACGCCAAGGCGAACGGCGCCUCGGACUCGGCCAAGCCGAACGGCGUGCAUGCGACUGCGGCUUAAGUCGGUCUCGCCGACGCACCGCGGCCUAUCGCACGCUGCAUCAACUGCUGCGUGAGGGAGACUGACACGAUGUGAUAAUAGGACUCGCUCGUGUAGAGAGCACCCAUGUUGUUGUGAUUACUAUAUGACUAUGCAUUGGAAUCGUUGCAUG